UAAAGGCCUUUUGCUGAGUUUCUGGGGGAAUGUGGUGGGCUGGUUAGCCUGGACGUGAGCCUAUCUCAGAAGGUCAGGCUGCGAUAACACUCUCUGCCCUAGAAACACCACGCCCGGGGCAGCAAUUUGAUACCACUGACCCAGAAGCCUGGAGAUAAAACUCUAACCAGCUCCCAGUGUGAGAAGGGACCUGAUAUCCAGCUGGCACAUGUCCAGCCUGUCGCCCUAGGCUGCCAGCCUUGCCUCCACGUCUCCCACCCCCAACCCUCCAUCCUCCCCCACUUGCCCUGAAUUAACUUUUGCUGCUGCUGUUUGACAGGCAGCUUCUGAACCAACCCCCCUCUGUAGUGCUGAUCUAAAAUAAAACUAUCUCCAACCUGCCGUGCUCUACUCCCAGCUCAACCCACUCCAGAGAUCCACCCCGGGGGGGACUGGCAGCCAAGAACCCAAAGAGCCACCGGACGGACAGACAGAUGACUUAGCGGAAGGACAACUUGCUAUUUCUUCCUUCUCACCCAACUUACAGUGCUGGGAUCCAGAUUUCCAAAGAAAUCAUCCAUCCCCCUGCUUUGCCUCACUUCUGAGCUCCUGGCUGGUGCUGCAUUGUGCCAACUGCUUGUCAAGAUCUGGAGACCCUUGGCUGUUGGGGUGAUAACCCACCAACAUGGGUAUUAAAGCAAUGUUACCGAGCUAUGAGCUGGGUUUCUACGCUCUGAUCCUGACUUGUGCAGUGGUGUACAGUGGAAAUGGGAUCUUUGAGGCAUCGAGAGAUAAUGUGAACAGAAAAGCCUUUCGGCAAGGCAUAAAGCCGGGCUGGCAUUACUUCGGCAGGAAAAUGGACUCAGCUGACUUUGAGUGGGCGAUGUGGUUCACCUCAUUCAGGAACAUCAUCAUCUUUGCCCUUUCAGGGCACAUCCUGUUCGCCAAGAUCUGCUCCAUGGUGGCUCCUCAGCACAGAUCUGUGGUUUACAUGCUCUAUGGGAUGUUGGCCGUGCUGGGCACCAUGGGACGCGCCUACCUGAUGAUUGUCCUCUCUCACUGCAUUGUGCUCUACAGCGUGGCGCUGGCUAAGCAGAGGUGGUUGUGCUUUGCGGCCGGGCUUUGCAGCCUGGCCUCUUUCAGGCUGGAACCUUUCAGCACGUGGCAGAAUGGAUUUGUAACAAGAACUUUUGAUCUUCAAGAUGUUCUGUUUUAUGGAGGAAGCGGCUUUACCAUCAUGCGCUGCAUGAGCUUUGCGCUGGAGAACUCCGAGAGGAAGGGAGGGAUUUACUCCAUCGUUGACCUGCUGAAAUAUAAUUUCUACCUCCCGUUUUUUUUCUUCGGACCCAUCAUGACCUUUGAUCGAUUCUACUCUCAGGUAAGCACCAGCGAGCUGAGACGCAAAGACAAUGAGAUGUGGAACAUUCGUGUCCAGGCUUUUCUCCACCUGGGGGCAAUCGUCGCAGUGGACGUGUUUUUCCACUUCUUCUACAUCUUGACCCUUCCUGCAGACGUGAAGUUCGUGAGUCGGCUCUCAGACUGGGCUUUAGCUGGCCUGGCCUACUCUAACUUGGUGUAUGACUGGGUGAAAGCUGCGGUGAUGUUUGGAGUUAUCAACACCAUUGCCAGGUUGGAUCACUUGGACCCGCCGCAGCCCCCAAAAUGCAUCACCAUGCUCUACGUCUUUGCAGAAACGCACUUUGACAGAGGGAUUAAUGACUGGCUAUGCAAGUAUGUGUACGAUCACCUUGGGGAGAACCACGACAAUGUUGUGAAGGAGCUUCGGGCUACCAUCUGCACCUUCGCUGUCACCACCCUGUGGCUGGGCCCCUGCGAGAUCGUUUAUAUCUGGUCUGUCUGCAACUGCUUUGGACUCAACUUCGAGCUCUGGGUGCAGAAGUUUUUCCAGAUGGAGCCCUUUGGCAGCAUGGAGGCCAACAUGUCAGAGCCGAUGUCUCGGCGGAUUAGAGGGAUCUUCGGGGCUGCAAACUUCUGGGCUAUUGUCCUCUACAAUGUCCUUGCCCUCAACAGCCUGGACUUCACACUGCUGGUUGCCAAGAGAAUCCUCCUGACAGGUUUCCCACUGAGCACCUUGUCCAUCUGGUUCAUCACCUACUGCGGAGUGCAGCUGAUCAAGGAGAGGGAGCGCCUCCUGGCAAUAGAAGAAGAGAAACGAGACAAAGAAAAGGCAGCAUAGAGAUGAGAAGAGGAUUGGCCCAGAUAGCUCAGCGGCAGCAUCACUUCCUCCAGGCCAUCCAAGCCUAGAACCCUGAAAUGGGGCUCUCCAACUUUAUUUUCAGUCAAGCUACUGUAUCUCACCCAUGUACAAACCACCUGUAAUACAAAUCUUCUAGCUUAAAGAAAGAUUGUCCAUAAGACUUUAAUAGGCUUUUAAUAUGCUAAGAACAUAUGGCAGGCUAAGUUAUGUUAGAUCCAUUUAAUAGAUUCUAAGACCUGGUCAUCUAGUCUGACCUUCUGCAUAACACCCACUGAUCGCAGCAUCUCAAGCCCAUAACUUCUAGUUGAGAUAAAGCAUUCAGUCCUUUUGCAAGACACACUCGGUGUUUCAGAAGAAGGCAUUUCCCCUAUAAUGCACCGGGCUGAUUGUUCUCCCCAUAGGAAGGGAAGGAUUCCUUCCUGUUCCCAAGAAGAGAGGAGCAUCUUAUACACUGAAGCAUGCAGUUUGGCUACUAUGUUCUUAUCCUAUCUAACUAUAGAUUCAUGGUAGGGAUCCAAAAAUUACCCAGCCCUUCACUAAUGCAUUCUGGGUGCUAUGCAUAUGUUUCAAUCUAAUCUCUGUAUAACAUAGGGUGACCAGAUGUCCCGAUUUUAUAGGGACAGUCCCAAUUUUUGGGUCUUUUUCUUAUAUAGGCUCCUAUUACCCCCCACCCCGCAUCCCCGUCCUGAUUUUUCACAUUUGCUGUCUGGUCAACCUAGUGUAACAACAGAGGCCAACCUAAAAUCUAUAUAAAAAGCUCCAAAUUUAAAGCCCCCCCAAAUGAUUAGGACUGGAGAAAAUGCUUGACAGUGACAGAGAGCUCAGCCUUCAGCUUGUAAGAAAUAAAACAGAGGUGACUUGAUUGCGGUAUAUAAGGACCUUCAAGGGAAGAAAAUACCAAGGACUACUUGUCUUUUUAAUCUAGCAGAGAAAGGCAUAACAAGAACAAAUUCGAGUUGGAAAUUAGGCACAAAUUUUAAACAGUGAAGGUGAUUAACCAUUAGAACAAAUUCCCAAAGGAAAUACAGAGACAGGAUGGGAAGAAACAUUGCAGGAAUUCUCCAUCUCUUGAUGUCUUCAGAUCAAGAUGCCUGUCUGGAAGGUAUGCAUUAAUCAAAAUCAAGUUAUUGGGCUCAAUACAAGGAUAACAGGGUAAAAUUGAGGGAUUAGUGUGCUAUACAGGAGGUCAGACUAAUGGUGCCUUCUGCCCUUAAAUUCUAUGACUCUGCAAAUGAAUAUGUAAAUGAAGAGGGCCAGCAGCAGCACCGGACAGAGCAGGGGUUUCCAAACAUCUAUGCUGAAGACGAAUGCAAAGAAGUCAGCAUCAGUGAGUGUUCAACUCUUCUGCGGAACAGGUCCUGAGCCUCCCUUUUUAAGUUCCUCUAACAUCAAUUAUUCUUUUAAGUCUAUUUAGUGCUGGUGACAAGUGCCUGAAUGACAGCCUGGGAGAACGAGGCCUUGUACUGACCUACCGAAUGGUCACUUACAAGCAACCAUAGUGCAAAUGUCUCACCCAACGUUCCAUCAAUAUACCUUGAGUCUGACUUUAAGGGUGCCACCUAUAGGACUAGGAGAGUAGUGCGACCUCCAUGACAUUUUUGGUGUUGGUUUCUGUGACACAAAUAUCUGUCCCCUAGGAAUCAAACAGAGACCCACUCGUUUACUUUGUCCUGACCACUGAAAAGGCUUAGGCUCAAAUUCAUACAAGUGACUGAGAAGUAAGAAACUCCGACCACUCAGCCAUUAAGAUCCUCCAUCUAAUGCUUGAGUGAUUCUGACAGAUUCACAGUCUGAGCCGGUGAUGUGAAUGGAUGAGCAGAUGCACUCAUACAUCCAAAGGGCAAAUUCUAAGGUUUACUCUGAAUGAAGUUGAUGGGCAAACACACAUGUUGAUCAGCUGAAAAAUAUUGUGUGGCUUUGGGAAACUGCUCCUUUGAAAUAUAAUGGAUUAGUGCA